AUGCCCGAACCAUCGUCUGGAGUCAACCACGCUGACUCCAUCGAACCGCAACAUGACACAGGAAAGAAGGACGACAAGAAGAAGAGCCGCCGACCGGCAAAUACGGCAUUUCGGCAGCAGCGCUUGAAGGCAUGGCAACCAAUCUUGACGCCCAAGACGGUCUUGCCCCUAUUCUUCAUCAUCGGCAUCAUCUUUGCUCCCAUCGGUGGACUGCUGCUCUACGCAAGUGCCAAGGUUAAAGAGAUCCGGAUCGACUAUACCAAUUGCCUUACCGAAGCAACCGAGAAGCUUGGCGAGAUGGACUCGAAAUACAUUAGCACUGCGUUCAAGAGCGACGACCAGACCCAGAAUGCUCUGUGGGCUGUAACGGACAUCGAAGUCGAGGAUGGGCCGAUCACGUACCCAGCCAAGCAGUGCAGAAUUCAGUUCGACAUUCCCGAAGAGAUGGGGCCUCCAGUCUUGUUUUACUACCACCUCACAAACUUUUACCAGAAUCACAGGCGUUAUGUCGCGUCUUUCUACGAUAAGCAACUCAAAGGCAAUGCAGAGUCUGCCAGUAAUGUCAACAGCUCCUCCUGUGACCCUCUUGAGUGGGACGAGGAAGCCAAGAAACCGUACUAUCCCUGUGGUUUGAUUGCAAACUCCAUGUUCAAUGACACAUUCACCUCGCCCCGCUGGUUGCAAAGGGAUUCGAUAUAUCCGAUGUCGACCGAAAAGAACAUUGCCUGGGCAUCUGAUGCGGACCUUUACGGCAAAACCAAAUACAACCCUGAAGACAUUAUGCCGCCACCAAACUGGAGGGUCCGGUACCCCAACUACACCGCCGAGCACCCUCCGCCAGAUAUCUCGAAGUGGCCUGCUUUCCAGGUCUGGAUGAGAACCGCAGGGUUGCCGACUUUCAGCAAACUAUACCAGCGCAACGAUGACGAGACUAUGAUGCCAGGGUUUUACGAAGUCAACAUCACCGACAAUUUCCCAACGACGGAGUAUAAGGGAACUAAAUCCAUCAUUAUCACCACGCGCACAAUCAUGGGUGGCAGAAACCCUUUCCUCGGUAUUGCGUAUAUUGUUGUCGGUGGCAUGUGUAUUAUCCUUGGUGUUAUCUUUACUGUAACUCAUCUCAUCAAGCCAAGGAAGUUGGGUGACCACACCUAUCUUUCGUGGAACAACGCACCCGGAUCCAAGCAGGCUGUCGGCGCCAGCUCAGCAAUGGCAUCAGGUCGCGAAGUCCGACCCGGCGAAGCCUAG